AUGGCCGUCAGCUAUGAGAACACCAUGAUUGCCGCUGGCUCCUGUGACAAGACCAUCAGAGUGUGGUGCUUACAAACCUGCGCUCCUCUGGCUGUCCUGGAGGGACAUGCAGCCUCCAUCACCUCACUGCAGUUUUCUCCUCUCUGUAGCGGCUCCAAGCGCUACCUGUCCUCCACCGGAGCUGAUGGCACCAUCUGCUUCUGGCAGUGGGAUGCACGCACACUCAAGUUUGGGUUUGUGAGCGGCAGCAGGGAUGGUACAGCUCGAAUCUGGCAGCUUCACCCUCAGGGCUGGAAGAGCAUUCUGCUGGACAUGCAGACCAAAUUACCCGGGAAAUACAACCCUCCACCGCUGGAAGACAAGGUGACCAAGCUUAAGGUUACCAUGGUGGCAUGGGAUCGCCAUGACAGCGCAGUGAUAACGGCGGCCAACAAUCUGACGUUGAAAGUGUGGAACUCCAUCACCGGAAAUCUGGUCCAUGUCCUCAUGGGUCACGAAGAUGAAGUGUUUGUUCUGGAGCCACAUCCCUUUGAUCCAAGAAUCCUCUUCUCAGCGGGGCAUGAUGGGAACUGUAUUGUGUGGGAUCUGGCCAGAGGAGUCAAGAUCCGCUCCUAUUUCAACAUGAUUGAGGGCCAAGGGCAUGGAGCACUGUUUGACUGCAAAUGUAGUCCAGAUGGGCAGCACUUUGCAGCCACUGAUUCCCAUGGUCACCUGCUCAUCUUUGGCUUUGGCUCCAGCAGCAAGUAUGACAAGAUAGCAGAUCAGAUGUUUUUCCAUACGGACUACCGGCCACUGAUCCGGGAUGCCAAUAACUACGUGCUGGAUGAACAAACUCAGCAGGCGCCACACCUAAUGCCCCCUCCCUUCCUGGUGGAUGUGGAUGGGAAUCCACAUCCCCCAAGAUACCAGCGGCUGGUGCCUGGCAGGGAGGGCUGCAGGGAUGAGCAGCUGAUUCCUCAGAUGGGGGUCACUUCAUCAGGCCUGAACCAAGUGGUGAGUGAACAGGCAGUGGAUGGUCUCAGUCCUCUUGAUACCAUGAUUCAGAGGCUGCAGCAGGAACAGGACCAAAGACUGGGAGCCAAUGAUGUCUCUGCCGCUGCAGCAAACACUAGGGCCAGGAGAGGAUCGGUGGGUUCCCCCACGGAGGUGCAGUCCCCGCCCAACGUGGGUCUUCGACGCAGUGGGCAGAUUGAGGGAGUCCGUCAGAUGCACAGCAAUGCCCCUCGAAGCCAAAUGGCCACAGAGGGAGAUCUGGUGGCCUGGAGCCGCAGGGUUCUUGUCCCUGAGCUUGAAGAAGCCUCUGUCAGGAAACAAGUGAACUGGCGUGAAGCUAAAGGAGAGGAAGAGAUCAAUAUUUAUCAAUCAGAGAGGAGAAGACGUACUCUCCACUCUCUCCCCAAGGAGAGCAGGGUUCAUCCGACAUCAGAGUGCGUGGUAGACGAAGGGAGGAGGAGUCAGGGUAACCAUGGCUAUCACACCCGUGCUGCCAUGGAGGAGACAAGCCGGCAGAGUGCUGAGGCUGCUGAUGAGGAUGAUAGCACCUCAGAGGGAGAGGUGGAGGUACGGCAAAUCAACGGGCACUCCUCAGAGGAGGAGAAGGAUGAAGAAGAGAAGGAGCCCUGGCCAGAUGACCACAGUAGUUCAAGUGAUUACUCCAGCGAUUAUUCGGACUGGACAGCAGAUGCUGGGAUCAACCUUGAGCCGCCCAAGAAGAGCGUUAAAGUGAAAAAGAAAAGCAGCGGCUCAGAGGAGGAUGGGGAGAAGAAGAGGGAGGGGAAGAAAGAAAGGAAGAAAGACAAACCAGACAAAGAUGGUGCAUUACCAAAGAAGAAGAAGCCAAAGGAGAAGAGGAAGAGGACACAAUUCCAAGAGCAAGGGCUAACUCUGGAGGAAUGGCUUCCCUCUGCCUGGAUCACGGACACGGUCCCCCGGAGGUGUCCUUACAUACCCCAGAUGGGAGAUGAGGUGUACUACUUCAGACAGGGCCACGAAGCUUAUGUGGAGAUGGCCAAACAGAAAAAAAUUUUCAGCAUCAAUCCUAAGAAGCAGCCCUGGCACAAGAUGGAGCUCCGGGAGCAGGAGUUGAUGAAGAUAGUUGGCAUCAAGUAUGAGGUGGGUUUGCCCACACUGUGCUGCCUGAAGUUGGCGUUUUUGGACCCCGACACUGGAAAAUUAACCGGGGGAUCCUUUUCUAUGAAAUACCACGACAUGCCUGAUGUAAUCGACUUCCUGGUGUUGCGGCAGCAGUUUGACAAUGCCAGAAAAAGGCAGUGGCGUAUAGGUGACAGGUUUCGGUCAGUGAUCGAUGAUGCCUGGUGGUUUGGGACAAUUGAGAGCCAGGAGCCCUACCAGCCCCAGUAUCCUGACAGCUUGUUCCAGUGCUACAAUGUCUGCUGGGAUAAUGGAGACACUGAGAAGAUGAGUCCUUGGGAUAUGGAACCCAUCCCUGAUGAUGCCACGUUCCCGGAUGAGCUGGGCCAGAGUGUUCCGUUGAUUGAAGAGGAGCAGAAGGAGCUGCUGUAUGUCCCUCUGGACGGAGAAUGGGGGUGCCGCACACGUGCCGAGGAGUGCGAACGUAUCAUCAAAGCCAUCGACCAGCUCUGCACGCUCGAUGUGGCAGCGCCGUUUGCCUUUCCAGUGGACCUGCAAGCUUACCCCACGUAUUGCACAGUAGUGGCCUACAUCACUGACCUCAGCACUAUACGCCAAAGGCUGGUGAACCGCUUCUACAGACGGCUUUCCUCUCUGAUGUGGGAAGUUCGCUACAUAGAACACAACGCCCAGACGUUCAACGAGCCGGGGUCAUUCAUCGUCACCACCGCCAAGUUUGUCUCUGACCUCAUGCUGCAGUUCAUUAAGGACCAAAGUCUGACAGACAUCAUGCCGCUCUAUAAAACUAUGAAGAAGGCAACCUUCUCUGACUCUGAAGAUGAGGAUGAUGAGGAAGAGGAUGAAGAUACUAAUACUCCUGGAACAUCCACACGAAAUCAUAAGGGCCGUCGACCCAUGCAGCGUCAACUGCGAACUCGGCCUCAUUCAUAUGACCCUCACGCAUGGAAGGGACGCUGUAAAGGGCUGCUGGAUCUCAUCUUUCAGUGUGAAGACUCAGAGCCCUUCAGAGAACCUGUAGACCUACAAGAGUACCCGGAUUACCUGCAAAUAGUUGAUUCACCAAUGGACUUUGGCACUGUUCUCAACACACUGACAGAAGGAAAGUACCAGACUCCCAUCGAGCUCUGCAAGGAUGUCAGGCUCAUUUUUAGCAAUUCCAAAGCCUACACGCCCAGUAAGAAGUCUCGGAUAUAUAGUAUGAGCCUGAGGCUUUCUGCACUAUUUGAGGAGCAUAUCAGUCCCAUCCUGGCCGACUACAAAGCCAUCCACGGCCUGACAGAUAAACUGACCAAACAAAGCACCGACAGACAGACACGACACGUAAUGAAGAGGAGGAGGAGGAGAAGCGACUCUCCUGCGAGCAGCACUGCAUCCAGCCCAGAGAGGAAGAGACGCGUAUCAUCCAGAGUGAAUGCAAAGAAGGAGCCAUCGCCCGUCCCUUCACGGCCCGCCUCUCUGAGACAGAGCGCCCCUCUCAAACAGCCGCCUCAGCUGGUCAACGGCAAGGCAGAAACGCCAACUCCAGGGCGCACGCGCAGUGCUGCACGCAAUUCUACACACUCGCUACCCUCAUCAUCCUCCUCGCAUAACAUCACAAACAACACGCCGAGCAUAACAGAGUCGACUCGCUCGUUGCGGGCUCAUAACUCUGUGCCAGCUUCAUCAUCACCAGCUCCUGAGAAGGUUACACCCUCCCAACCCACAGAGAGUAGCGGUGGAAGCACUCGACGGAAACUCAGGACACCUGUGCGACACCCACCCGGUUCUCCUGUCAGCCCUUCAUCUCAUAGCACAGUCCACCUGAAUGGCCACAGUAGUCAUGUGACCCUGGGUGUGGGGAGAAGGGGGCGGAAAUCCAGAAUGGAGCCACCAGUGAGUCCUCCAGAAGUCUCAACCCCAGCUAGCCCUUCAAGACCGCGAGGUCGCCCGCCUGGCAAGAAGAGAGGCAGGAAGAGCAAGCAGGAGCUGGAGGACAUAAGGCAGAGCGGCAACCGCAGGAGCUCCACCCCUGACGACGAGCUCGACCAGUCCACAGGCGACGAAGGCGGCAUGUCUUCUGCACAGGAAGUGUUGUCGGACUCUGGCUUGGCAUCGACGCCUAGACGGCGCGGCCGGCCCCGAGCGGUAAGAACUGAGGAACCCGCUCCUCCUGCUGAGUCACCCGAGCCCUCGCCGCUGAGGAGGAGCACCAGGAGAGCAAACGAAGAGGGCACGCCUCCGCUCCAGACCCAACAAUCCAGCCGAAAAGAAUCUCCAAAGGAGGAGGAGUCAGGGGACGGGGCAGGAGGAUCCAUGCGCACACGCAACCAAGGCCGACGGUCAGCCUGGUACAUGGAGGAGGACUCUGAGGAGGAGCAGAGGCAGCUGCUGUUUGAGGACUCAUCAAUAACCUUUGGCACCUCCUCGAAAGGGCGUGUCCGCAAACUGACAGAAAAAGCCAAAGCCAACCUGAUAGGCUGGUAA